CCUGAACUAACGCACCACUGAUAGCACGUAGGCACCACUUGUCACAAUGUUUGGAGUUGUUAUUAAGUACUCUUAAUUUGAUAACUGUCGCUGCGCCGAGGACGGAGCAGGCUCUCUCCCACAAAUGGCCUCCAUUAUUCGUUGCUCCGUCAAGAGACGGUGUUUGCUGUCGCGUUUAAAGAACCUGCCAGGUGCAGGAGACUCUCCUCUGCCGUCCUCCCCCUCUCGCUGUGUGUCGCUGACUUGGCUUCCGUCUCCGAGAUGGUCUUCCAGAGGUGCCGGCGUGCGGUUCAUGUCCCAUGGGACCGCGGGAGGGUCUUCCGCCGGAGGAACCAGAAGGGGAGCCGUGGCGCUCGGCGGAGCCGCGGCACUGACUGCAGCAGCGGCCGUAGCGGGGUUUUUGGCCAACGCGAACCACUUCCAGCGGGCAGAGAUGGCAACGAGUGUCUCCCCAGCCUUGGCCAAAGAGGAGAAGGAGCAAGAAGGGGACAUCCUGGAGCGAUGCCGAGGGUUCAUGUCUCCUCCCGUGACCGACAUCAGUGUGCUGCAGCAGAUGAAAGGGGAGAUGCGGACUAGGAUGGAGAUGCUGAUCAUGGAGACGCAGGCCGACUUCUGCAGAGCCCUGGAGGAGGUGGACGGUGGGACGUUCAAGGUGGACCGCUGGGACAGGAAGGAAGGUGGAGGAGGAAUCAGCUGUGUGAUGCAGGAUGGAAAGGUGUUUGAGAAAGCAGGGGUCAAUGUGUCAGUGGUGUUUGGGAAUCUGACAGAGGAAGCUGCAAAGCAGAUGAGAAGUAGAGGCAAAGUACUCAAAGGAAAAGAUGGUAAGCUGCCGUUUUGUGCCAUGGGCGUGAGUUCCGUAAUUCACCCCAAGAAUCCCCAUAUUCCAACAGUGCACUUCAACUACAGAUACUUUGAGAUUGAAGAGGAAGAUGGCAAUAAGCAGUGGUGGUUUGGUGGCGGCACAGACCUGACCCCAGUUUACAUUAACAAAGAAGAUGCCUUUCACUUUCACAACACCCUAAAGGAGGCGUGUGACAAGCACCACUCGCAGUACUACACUGACUUCAAGAAAUGGUGUGACAGGUACUUCUACAUCCGCCAUAGAGGAGAGACUCGCGGGAUUGGAGGGAUCUUCUUUGACGAUUUGGAUUCCCCAAGUCAAGAAGAGGCAUUUAGCUUUGUGAAAAGCUGUGCCCGCACUGUGGUGCCCUGUUACCUACCCAUCGUAUACAAACACCUCAGUGACUCUUUUACGGAUGAAGAGAAGGACUGGCAGCAGGUACGACGAGGCAGAUAUGUGGAAUUCAACCUGGUGUAUGACCGGGGAGUGAAGUUUGGCUUGGCCACACCUGGCUCUCGAAUUGAAAGCAUCCUCAUGUCCCUCCCGCUCACUGCCAGGUGGGAGUACAUGCACGAACCUGCCAAAGGUACCCAGGAGGCCGAGAUGCUGGAAGUCUUGAAAAACCCCAAGGAGUGGGUGUGAGCACCGUGCUCAUUCAUUGCACGUCGAUGUGGACAAAACAGCCAGGGAAAAAUGUCAUUGUUGCAUUUUAUAAAGGCGUGGUCUCUUUGUAAAGGUUGAACCAGUCAAGUCUAGGUUUACCCAAAUAAGAUGAAGUUGCACUGCAAUUGUUUGAAAUGAUUUGAGCUGGUACUUUUUCUUUCUGUUCUCUCUGUGUCUUUUUUUCAGAUCAGCCUUAUAACAUUUUUAUCAGAUUUUUUUUUUCGGCCUCACUCAGUCUGCUUUUUUGGUCAACUCAGACUGAUAAUGUGCUCCUCGACAGGUGUUUGUGUGAAGUGGCUGCUGUCUUUUUGCGUGUCUGGGCUAAAUGUGGCUUGCUCUACUUGAAGCUGCCAGAGCUUUACUCUCCUGUCAUGACACACUGAACGGGAAAAAACCUGAGCCACUGAGUGCAUGUGUCACCAAUGAUUCAUUGUUGAUUCAUUCACCAAUCAUUGUUAAUAAAUUUCAUUUUGGUGUUCAAAUGUGAAACAAUGGAUUAUUUUCCACAGUGGUGGUUAAAUAAUGAGAGCGAAACGUUCCGUUGAGCUUCAUUUGCAUUGUACUUGGUCUUUCAUUCGUUGUUAAUGAGUUACUGUCUGGUUUAUUUGAAUGGUCCCAAACAAUACUUGGACUAUGGAUCAUGAUUAUGAAUCAAAGUGAAACAACUUUGGGAGGG